AUUAUUUAAUUGAGUUUUUAUUAAAGACAUAAAAUCCAUUAUAUUUGUUGUGCAAUAAUAUAAGUCCAAUAAAAUAUAUAUAAAAACCCGAUAUCACUAUAUGUUUUGUGUCAACAAAAUUGAUUGAACGGAAAAAUUUAAUAGUCAUUCAAUCAAAACAUUUACACUAAACGUCACCAAAAAAAUAUAAGAAAUGCAAGGAAUGUCCACCGAGUCGUCCAAUGAUAUUACGAUCACAGAUGAGAUCAAGCAGUUGUUACCUGACUGGCCGUCGGGACCGUUGGAUGAGUACCGAAGGCGGGCGUCGUUUGAUUGGCGAAAAAUGAAACUCUUUCUGGAGGGCGAAGACAUUAUCAGAUUUAAGCUAAGAAUAGCCCGUAGUCUGGAAGCGGAUCCUCUGUUUGCUCACCACCCGAGCCAAGAGAUGACACGCGACGAACACCGGGAGAUAACAUUGAAACGUAUGAAACGACUUAUGGAGUAUGACUUCUUGCCCGACGAAGAGUUUAUGGCCAAUCCGUUGCUAACGCAGCACAUGUACAACACAUUGGGUCAGUACGACUGGUCUCUGUCGGCUAAGAAAUUUUUGGCCUACGAGUUUGUUACCGUUAGUCUACGGGGUGCCGGUUCUAGUCGUCAUCUGAGUGUAUUGGAUCAGCUCAUGGAGUUCGAAGCGUUGGGCUGUUUUGCAUUGACAGAGAUGGCUCACGGAAGCAAUACUAAGGCUAUGGCCACUCGCGCCGACUUUGAUCCGAAAACAAACGAGUUUAUACUGAAUACACCCAAUUUCGAGGCAUCGAAAGUAUGGUCAGGAAAUUUGGGCAAAACGGCUACUCAUGCCGUUGUCUUUGUCCAGAUAUAUGUCAACGGCAAGUGUCACGGUUUGAGUGCCUUUAUAGCGCCCAUUCGUGAUCCGAAGACACUCCUACCGUAUCCCGGAAUUAUUGUUGGAGAUAUGGGACCUAAAAUAGGUCUCAAUGGACUCGACAAUGGAUUUCUGCAAUUCAAGAACUAUAGAGUACCUAAAGAUCUGCUAAUGAACAGAAUCGGUGAUGUGGACAAAGAUGGCACUUAUGUGUCGGAAAUUAAAGACACCAAAAAACGAAUGGGUGUUACUUUAGGCACACUAUCAAUGGGAAGGGUUGGCAUCAUUGGUAUGGCCAUCACUAAUAUGCAAAAGGCUUUGCCGAUUGCCAUUAGAUAUUCAGCCGCUCGCAGACAGUUUGGUCCGAUUGGGAAGGAAGAGCUGCCGGUUCUCGAGUAUCAGAUGCAACAAUGGCGUCUAUUGCCGUAUUUGGCGGCCUGUUAUGUGGUCGACAACUUUAGCAAUACGUUUCACAAGGAUUUUAUGAACUUUCAAAUCUCAGUACUGUUCGGCACGACAUCACCCGAACUAUCAGAACAGGGACAAGAAAUACAUGCCCUGUCCAGUGCCGCAAAACCGUUGGCCGGUUGGAUCUGUCGCGAUGCCAUUCAAGAAUGCCGUGAAGCGUGUGGUGGUCACGGAUAUCUUAAAGCGUCCGGUUUGGGUGAACUCCGGGACGAUCACGACGCCAACAAUACCUAUGAAGGCGACAAUAAUGUCCUACAGAUGCAGUGCAGUAGAUAUUUAUUGCGUUUAUGGCAACAAAAGAUAGAAGAGGGCCGACCUUUUACCUCACAGUUUGCAUCCGUCGACUUUUUAGACCAAAUGGAUGUACACUUAGCUAAGAAAAUGCAUUUAUCGACACCCGAUGAUGUCAUGCGUAUGGAUGUCAUUCUCGAUGCCUACCGAUUCCUAGUUAGCUAUUUGCUUAAGGCUUCGGUUAGCAAAAUGAAACGCGAAAUGGAUUCCGGAAAAGACUUGUUUACCGCUCAGACUAAUAGUCAGGUCUAUUACUGUCGGUCUCUAUCGUUGGCCUUCAUUGAAGAGGUAGUUCUCGACCGAUGGAAUACAUUCAUUCAAAACGAAAUACCCGACCAAUCGUUAGCCAUUGUAUUGAACCGAUUGGGUUCGCUCUACGGUUUGUGGUCAUUGGAGAAGCAUUUGUCUACUUUAUAUGAAGGCGGCUAUUGUGUGGGUCCGGCGCCCACUCAAUACAUACGUCAAUCGAUACUUAAAUUAUGUACUCAGCUUAAGGACGAUGCCGUCGCUCUGGUAGAUGCCAUCGCACCGACAGAUUUUAUGCUCAAUUCAGCUUUAGGCAAAUCUGACGGUCAAAUCUAUAAAAACAUAUACGAGUCGAUUCUGGCGGCACCGGGAGCUACACAGCGACCCGAUUGGUGGAAAGUGUUUGUCAACGAUAAGCCUAAUGUGGCCUCAAUUAAGCCCAAGUUAUAGUUGACUUAAUUGUUAAAUAUAUUGUUUUUAAUUAUUAUUUUAUAUUUUAGUUAUUUUUAAUC